AGUGUGCUUCAACCAUCAAUUGGCAGUGGCAUAAUAUACUGGCAAGCAACAGUAGCAUACCUAGUUGACAAGAUAUUGAUAUCAAACCAAGAAUAAACCAGCUCCAUAAUUUGAAAUAUUCCUUUCACAAGUUUCUUAACCGUGUCCCUGAAUUAGAAGAGAUGUCUUUGUUUUCUGGAGUACAACAAGGAUCCCCAGUGGAAGCUUUUGCCUUGACGAAGGCUUAUAAUGAAGAUAUUUUCAAAGACAAAGUGAAUUUAGGAGCUGGAGUAUAUCGUACAGCAGAAGGAAAACCAUGGGUUCUACCAGUAGUCAGGACAGUUGAAAAGGCAUUAGCAAAUGAUGACAUACUCAAUAAGGAAUAUUUACCCAUUUUGGGAAUGGAAUCCUUCAGCUUAGCUGCUACCAGGAUGCUUUUGGGUGAUGAUAAUCCAGCUCUACUACAAAAUAGGACCUUUGGUAUCCACACUCUAUCUGGUACAGGAUCAUUGAGAGUAGCAGCUGAAUUUCUCGCCCAAGUUUUAGGAAAGAAAAUUUUCUAUUAUUCCAAUCCUACAUGGGAUAACCACGAAUUAGUUUUCAAGACUGCUGGCUUUGAGGAAGGAAGGAAGUACCGUUAUUGGAACAAUGCUACUCGUGGAUUAGAUUUUGAUGGACUCAUCGAAGAUUUGAGAAAUGCUCCUGAGUAUUCUGUCAUUAUACUACAUGCUUGUGCUCACAAUCCAACAGGUUGUGAUCCAUCUACUAGCCAAUGGGCACAGAUUGCACAAGUUAUGAAGGAAAGGAACCUAUUUCCAUUAUUUGACUGUGCCUAUCAAGGUUUUGCUUCUGGGGAUUUGGUCAAAGAUGCUUUUGCUGUACGUUAUUUUGUGCAGCAAGGCUUUGAACUCUUCUGUGCACAGAGUUUUGCUAAGAAUUUUGGACUCUACAGUGAACGUGUGGGAAAUCUAACAGUUGUAUUGAAUAGCCCUGAUCUAAUAGCACCUGUGAAAUCACAGUUUACUAUUGUAGUCAGAGGAAUGUACUCGAAUCCGCCAAUUCAUGGUGCAAGGAUAGUUACCCAUGUUUUGAACAAUGCUGAAUUAUACAAUCAAUGGCAAGAUCACAUCAAAACCAUGUCCUCGAGGAUUAUCGAUAUGAGAAAACAGUUGAGAGAAACUUUGGAACAUUUGAAAACUCCUGGUGAUUGGAGCCAUCUUACACAACAUAUUGGAAUGUUUUCUUACACUGGCUUGAGCGAGAAACAGUCUCUCCAUAUGGUUAAGAAACAUCACAUCUACAUGUUGAGGUCAGGACGUAUUAGCAUGUGUGGACUCACACCUAAAAAUGUGGAAUAUGUAGCUAAAGCUAUUCAUGAAACUGUUUGUUCAAUUCCCAACAAUUGAGAGAAUGUAUUAAACCUAUGUUCACCAUAAUACUUGUUGAAUUAUAAAAUUGGAUUACACUUUCAUUUCUUG